GGAAAGAUGCUCGAAGCCUGGCAAAACAGGACCGGAGCGGGCAAGAUGUCAGCUGACACGACACAGGCCGCCAUCUACACGUGCAGAGGCUUGAUCGGCGUGACCGAAUACCUGCUGGAAAAGCACGGCGACCUAGUGCAUUAUGUUCUGCUGGGCAAAAUCCAGUCUGACCGAAUCGAGAGCCGGUUCGGUUACCUGAGGAAGCUGGCCGGAGGAAAUUUCUGGGCGAGCGUGAGGCAGUUUCUCGAAGGUGAGGCGGUAAUUCGUGUGAAGAGUCUCGUCUGGCUCUCUGGCUACAGCCUGGGCACAGUAUCUGCCCAGAUGGAGGAGGCCCGCAAACAACGGCAACGAGAUGACUCCGAGGUGGUUAAGACGCUCGUAGACAUCACCUCCUCUGCAGAACAUGAGGCUUUAUCAGAAGGAGCAGAACAAGCGCUCAUGCAUGUGGCUGGCUACCUCGCUCGUUCUGCCCUGAAAAGGAGGCCGUGUCACGCCUGUCACGCGCUUCUGGUGAACGAGAGCCCUCGCCAGCUGCAAGAAGUGCGUCUGGACGCUGACCUCGAGCAUCACGGGGACGGUGCGGCUGGCCUGGCUGAAGCCAUCAAAACAUUUACCGACCUCCUGAAUCGGGGCAAGCUUCUCUAUCCCUCGGAGCUGGCUGUUGAGCUGUCUAUGAACAUCUGCCAUGUGUACAGGUGGCUCAUGCAGGACGACGCUUCGCGGUCUGCUCUGCUCGGUUGCUCCGAGCCACGCUCCUGCUUCGAGAAAGUGAUGACCACUAUCGGCGAGCAAGACAGUAGCCUUGCAGGCCUUAAGUGCGAGAGCGGCCAUGACUUCCUGUUAGUCUACGGAAGGAUGGCCAGCGCUCUAUUCAACGUCUUUACGUCAAACUAUGCUACGGAAAUGAAUAGUGCUAUUCAUUCAAGCAAGGGCAGAAUGACGUCUCAGAUGACGACACGUGAACAAAGUCGAGACAAGAUCAGAAAGCUGAACAGCGGAAAGAAAUAAGGGAGACGCUAGGGUGCACGCGGCAUCGGAUCUGAUCUGCAGUGACUUACCGUCCCAAGUAACGUCCCAACAUAGUAAGAUUUAUACAGAUGUAUCUAUUGUACAUUCGCUUGUAUCCUUGAAUAUUCGCGUGGCGGCUUAAUAAUGGUGCAGAUUAUACGUAAUGUGUUUCGAUAUGUCAAUAGUCUCAUUGUACUAUGCCACCAUGUUUUGUGGAGUGGUGCACCAUUAUGCGUUGUUGUCUAUUUUAUGUCUUGAGAUCGUGGACGCUCAGCUGUCUCGUUGAUUUUCAGCUGAUGUAUCGCCGCGUGUUCGUCUCGCUGACGUUCAGCUGCCUUGGCGGCGCUCGUUUGCCUUGUUCGUGCCAGAUGUUUUGUUCUAAAUGCCUAAUUUUGAGUUCGGAGUGUAAAGUCACUGUCUCGGUCAUAAGGAUGAAACACUUGUUAUUGUGUAUGUCCGUGUUUGCACCAGCUCUAGAAAUUAAUGCAAACAUUGCUCAAUUUCUUUGUUUCUUUGUGUGCUGCUGAAGGCUUCAAAUGUAUAAACCUUAA